AAAAAACAACAGUGAAAAUAUCCAUGUCCGCGCAACAAAAAGAAAAUUGAAAACAUUAUUCAACACGACGAAAAAGGUGUACGCUUUCUACACCGUACCUGUGCCCUCGGUGCUCGAUUGAUGCUACGCGGCCAACGGACUCGUUCGUAAGCGCGCACAUUAUAAAUAGUUUCACAGCCAGCUGCAUCCAGUGCCCCGUCGGAAUCUAUUACAUUCGGUCGCAUACAAAAUGGCACGCUCGAUAAGUCCUGGAGGUUACUCGAACUACGACGACGACUCAAUGUUUCAGAACGCCGCCUUUACGCACGACAUCAGUGAACAGAUGCGGGUGCCGAAAAGGAUCCGUGCCACCGGAGAUUACUACGAUGAUCAAGAUCUGCUGCCGAACGGCAACGGCGAGAUUAACUCGUGGAACUAUCACAACAAGAUCGAUAUGACUGUUCCGGAUCGUAUCGUAGUGCUCGGGCAGGAUCAACAUUUGGUUCUUACAUCAGGCACCAAAUCAGCCCCUCGUGAAAUAAUGCUGGAGAAUUCCAUUCUGCCCAAGGAUCCGGGGUUCGUGCGCGUAUCCACGCCGCCGCGCGUCAUCACGCUCUCCGAGCAUCAUUUUCCCUCGGCUUCGGAUGAACCGGAAGAGAACGCCAAAGACAACAACCAGGAGGAUAACUAUGGACCUGCGUCGUUGGAAUCGAUUGAGGAUCCGAACAGCAGUAAUGCCUACUUUUCGAGACCAUCCGUAUCGCACAACAGCCGUGAUCCGGUAAAACGGUCCGCAUUUUCGAAAUAUAACAAUGAGCUGACAUUAACCAGGAGCAUGCGCGAAGAGACACCAACCUUCGGUGGUAGUGUCGAGAAUUUGACACCUUCAGAGGAACUAACGCACCUAAGACGCCAGGUGGCAAAGAUAAAUCGACGCCUGUUAACGGUAGAGAUUGAAUCCGUACAAAGGCAACAGAGAGAGAAAAUAAUAUACUGCGUAGGCAUGGCUUAUUUCCUGUUCAAGACGUUUAUGUGGUUGAGCAGGAAGUAAAUCGAAUCCACAACAAGGCACGCCAAACACUUUGUUGGCCAUUGAUAUUGUUGCCACCUGCAGGCAUACUGGUGAGUGCACGAUUGAACAACUCCAACUAUUGGAGCAUACAUAUGGCACAAGCAUAAAAGGAUUCAACAAACGGUACGAUGACCAUCGGUGGGUGCGUUUGAGGAUGUCGGUAUGGUAUGGUACGGGAAAAGGCGUCUGCAUGGGUGGAACGAAUUAAGCAGUUGGUUCUGGUAGGGAUGUUGUCUAUUUUGUGUCAAUAUAGGACAAACAGCCUUUGUCUAAAUAUUGGCGAUAAGCGAGUGUGAAUGAAAUUGCCGUAGCAAAGCAAACAUUUUCCGAAUGAGUCAGAAGCAAAAGUAUUUCCAUACAAACUGAGUGCUAGUUGAUUAGAUUUCCCAUUUUUACGUUCCCUGAGAGUAGCGAUAAAGAGUAGAUUUUUUUACGAAUUGUUUAUUCCUUCUUCUAUUGACUCUCUGAACGAGAAUGGUUUUUUUCUUUGUGUAUCGAAGAUAUUUGUGUUCUUUUUAAGUUAUUCCACAAAACUUAAAUACACGAGCGAUAGGAUUUACAAACUCAUGAUGUAGCAUGCAAAUUUGCAGAAAAAUAUAUAAAUAUCGUUAAAAAU